AUGUCAGCCACAUCAAGAACCCAACUUACUGGCGACCGCAGCGUUGAUUCGCUCGACGAUGCAGAAAAGGGCAUGUACGAUAGUACGUUGGAGUUGACGGCACCCGGCUUCGUGUACAUGGAGCAAAAAAGGCCGAUACACAUUGUCACAUCGUUACUACCCGCAUCUCCCGUUCACCAAGGCAUAACACCAUGUACGAGUGUCCCGGAACUCUCACUCUCUCUGCCAUCAGGACGCAAACCUACCGAUGCUGCCGAAUUAGACACCACUGUCAAAAAACCAGCUGGAGAGAAGCCUCAAAAGCCAAAGAUCAGCCGAUGGAUCCUAUUUGAUCUUUGGUUCAACACGUACAGGAAGUUUUUUACAUUCGUUACUUUACUCAACCUCACGGGAAUCAUCCUAUCCGCAUGCGGUCGCUUCACAUACGCCGAGGAACACCUUGGCGCUUUGGUACUGGGCAACCUCCUCUGCGCAAUUCUGAUGAGAAAUGAAUUAUGGAUGCGUUUCUUAUAUUUGGUCGCCAUAUAUGGACUGAGUUGGGCACCUAUAUGCGUGAAGCUCGCGGCGACGUCUGUUCUACAACAUGUUGGAGGCAUACAUUCUGGAUGCGCAUUAUCCGGUGCUGCCUGGCUCGUCUACAAGUGUGUCGACAUCAUUCGAUACCGCGCCGUACAACAUCCUGCCGUAAUUGCGAGCGGCAUCAUCACCAACUUUUUCAUCAUCAUCUCGGUGUUGAGUGCCUUUCCUUGGGUUCGCAACACCUAUCAUAACGUAUUUGAGAAGCACCACCGAUUCGUUGGGUGGCUAGGCCUCGCAAUGACGUGGGUGUUCGUUAUCAUGGGCAACACCUACGACAUCAAACGCGGCGAGUGGAGGACCACAGCCCACAGCCUACUCAGUGCACAAGAGCUCUGGUUCGCUGUCUUCAUGACAAUUUUUGUCCUCAUCCCAUGGGUCACUCUCAGAGAGGUACCCGUCGAAGUUGAGAUUCCCUCACCUAAGGUCGCCGUCCUGAAAUUUGAGCGAGGUAUGCAGCAAGGCCUCCUAGGACGAAUCAGCCGCACAUCCAUCAUGGAGUACCACGCUUUUGGGAUCAUCAGCGAAGGACGAAACGCUACUCAUCACUACAUGAUCUGUGGUGUUCAAGGAGAUUUCACCAAAAAUCUAGUCGCCAACCCACCGAAGACUGUAUGGACGCGAGAGCUCAAGUUCGCUGGCGUUGGCCAUGCCUCCGCAAUGUUCAAGCGCGGCAUCCGCAUAUGCACCGGUACCGGUAUCGGCGCCGCACUCUCGACUUGCAUUCAAUCACCAAACUGGUUUCUCAUCUGGAUCGGUUCCGACCAAGAACGCACUUUUGGUCCCACAGUCACAGGUCUUAUCCACAAGCACAUCGAGCCCGAGCGCAUGAUUUUAUGGGACAGCAAGAAGAGAGGUGGACGCCCAGAUACAAUGGAGUUGCUAAGGGAUACGUGGAAGAGAUUUGAUGCAGAAGUCAUCUUCAUCACGAGUAACAGUCAGGGUAAUGAUGAGAUGAUGCAAGGGUGUGCCAAAGAAGGUAUGCACGCUUUUGGUACGCUUUGGGACUUUUAG